AUGUUUUCAGCGUAUGCGGGGCUCUUUUGCACCACUGCGGCAGCUUGUCUCUGCACAUCGCACGCCGCCGCCCCUGCGCGGCCACGGCAGGAAGGCAGCGACAUCGCAUUCGCCGAUUGCGAAGGCGGGCGCAGGGGCAGCCAGGAGUUGAGGUCUUUGCUGUUGAUCAUCGAUGCGCCUUUGUUCAUCGUCGUUGCAGGUGGGUACAUCUUCGCCAUGGCCAGCCUCGUAAUUCUGCGCUCGUGCCCGUAUAGCAGGGUGCUCGGUAUAGUUGGCACCGUGCUUACCAUCGCUGGCUGCAUCGUAGUUGGGAUUCGGGAUCCUGCUGAGGUUUGUGGCACCAAGGGUGCGGUUGGUUUGGCAUCAAGGCCUCCAUGCAGCAAGACAUGGCCGAGAGUGCAACCAUUUGUUUGCACGGUCUUGUUUUUUUGA